AUGCCAGACCAUCACGAGCACAAGAAGAAGGUCAACUUGACCGAUGCCUCCGGCGCUGAGGUUAAGCAGGAAAAUGACACUGCUACCGCCAUCCUCAAGAAGAAGAAGAAGCCCAAUCAGUUGAUGGUAACCGAUGCCACCAACGACGAUAACUCCAUCAUCGCCCUUUCCGAGGCUACCAUGGAGAACCUACAGCUCUUCCGUGGCGAUACUGUCCUUGUGCGCGGAAAGAAGAGGAAGGACACUGUCCUCAUCGUCCUUGCCGACGAAGAUCUCGAUGACGGCAGUGCCCGCAUCAACCGAGUUGUCCGACACAACCUCCGAGUCAAGCAUGGCGACAUGAUUACUAUUCAGCCUUGCCCAGAUAUUAAAUACGCCAAGAGAAUCGCAGUCCUCCCCAUCGCGGAUACCGUAGAAGGCAUCACUGGCUCUCUCUUCGAUGUUUUCCUUGCCCCUUACUUCCGAGAGGCCUACAGGCCCGUUCGCCAAGGCGAUCUUUUCAUUGUUCGAGGUGGUAUGAGGCAGGUUGAGUUCAAGGUUGUAGAGGUGGAUCCUCCGGAGUACGGUAUCGUCGCUCAAGAUACUAUCAUUCACUGCGAGGGCGAGCCCAUACAACGAGAGGAUGAAGAGAACAACCUUAAUGAGGUCGGCUACGAUGAUAUCGGAGGAUGCAGGAAACAGAUGGCUCAAAUCCGUGAGAUGGUUGAACUGCCCCUCCGGCAUCCUCAGCUGUUCAAGUCGAUCGGUAUCAAGCCUCCUCGAGGUGUCCUGCUUUACGGACCUCCCGGUACCGGUAAAACGCUCAUGGCCCGCGCCGUUGCCAACGAGACAGGCGCCUUCUUCUUCCUUAUCAACGGUCCCGAGAUCAUGAGUAAGAUGGCGGGUGAGUCAGAGUCCAACCUCCGAAAGGCUUUCGAAGAGGCCGAGAAGAACUCGCCAGCCAUCAUCUUCAUCGACGAGAUCGACUCGAUUGCCCCCAAGCGUGACAAGACCAACGGAGAGGUCGAGCGCCGUGUUGUGUCUCAGCUCCUCACCCUCAUGGAUGGCAUGAAGGCCCGCUCCAACGUUGUCGUCAUGGCUGCGACCAACCGCCCCAACUCGAUCGACCCUGCCCUCCGUCGAUUCGGCCGCUUCGAUCGCGAGGUCGAUAUUGGUGUUCCCGACCCGACCGGCCGCCUCGAGAUCCUUCAGAUCCACACCAAGAACAUGAAGCUCGGUGACGACGUCGAUCUGGAGCAGAUUGCUGCCGAGACUCACGGUUAUGUCGGCUCUGAUAUUGCCGCGCUUUGUUCCGAGGCUGCCAUGCAGCAGAUUCGUGAGAAGAUGGAUCUCAUUGAUCUCGAUGAGGAUACCAUUGAUGCCGAGGUUCUCGACUCUCUCGGUGUUACCAUGGAGAACUUCCGAUAUGCUCUUGGCGUCUCCAACCCCUCGGCCCUUCGCGAGGUUGCCGUCGUCGAGGUUCCCAACGUUCGCUGGGAAGACAUCGGUGGUCUCACCAACGUCAAGCAGGAGCUCAUGGAGAGUGUUCAGUACCCCGUCGACCAUCCCGAGAAGUUCCUCAAGUUUGGCAUGUCUCCUUCCCGAGGUGUGCUCUUCUACGGUCCUCCUGGUACUGGUAAGACGAUGUUGGCCAAGGCUGUCGCCAACGAGUGUGCUGCCAACUUCAUCUCCGUCAAGGGUCCUGAGCUUCUGAGCAUGUGGUUCGGUGAGUCGGAGAGCAACAUUCGUGACAUCUUUGACAAGGCUCGUGCUGCCGCGCCCUGCAUUGUCUUCCUCGACGAGUUGGACUCGAUCGCCAAGGCUCGUGGUGGAAGCGUUGGCGAUGCCGGUGGUGCCUCUGACCGUGUGGUCAACCAGCUUCUUACUGAAAUGGACGGAAUGACUUCCAAGAAGAAUGUCUUUGUUAUUGGUGCGACCAAUAGGCCCGAGCAGCUCGACCCUGCCCUCUGCCGUCCCGGUCGUCUCGACUCUCUCAUCUACGUUCCUCUCCCUGAUGAGGAGGGCCGCCGAAGCAUUCUUGCGGCUCAGCUCCGCAAGACUCCUGUCGCCUCGGAUGUUGACCUCGACUUCAUUGCUUCUAAGACGCAUGGAUUCUCCGGUGCCGAUCUGGGUUUCAUCACGCAGCGAGCCGUCAAGCUUGCCAUCAAGGAGUCUAUCGCAGCCGAUAUUAAGCGAAGCAAGGAGCUUGAGGAGGCGGGUAUGGAGGUUGACGAGGAGGAGGAGGCUGAGGACCUCGUGCCCGAACUCACCCGUCGCCACUUCGAGGAGGCUAUGCAGAUGGCCCGCAGGUCCGUCAGUGACGUUGAGAUUCGCCGAUACGAAGCGUUCGCGCAGCAGAUGAAGAACGCCGGCCCCGGAGCUUAUUUCAAGUUCCCCGAGGGUGGUGUUGAUGGCGGUGCGGGCGCCGGUGCUGGUGGCAGCGGCAACGACUUUGGCGACGCUGGAAACGACGACGAUCUCUACGAGUAA